AGAUUAUAAAUCCUACAUUUUAAGGAGACUUUUCAAUAGAUAUCCUUUCGGCGACAUGAUAGCAUGAAACUCCCAAUUAGUUGAGGCAGAAAGCACCAUGCAUCUUAUAAAAUUACACGAUCUUUUCUUCUUUUUGACUCAAAUCUUUUUCUGAUUGCUUGUGCUAUAGUUUUUGUUCCCUAUAGUAGAAGAUGAGAAAUUGGGGUAGGGGCUUUCUUGGGUUUCUUUAUCUUGCUUCUUUUUUGAGAAUUGAAGCCUUAGAAUUUCAUAAAACUGAUCAACACAGUGAAAGAAUUUCAGGAAGUGCUGGUGAUGUUUUGGAAGAUAAUCCAAUAGGAAGGUUAAAAGUUUAUGUAUAUGAACUUCCCAGCAAAUACAACAAGAAAACUGUUCAGAGAGAUUCACGAUGCCUCAAUCACAUGUUUGCAGCCGAGAUAUAUAUGCAUCGUUUCCUGUUAUCCAGUCCUGUUCGAACCCUUAAUCCAGAAGACGCAGAUUGGUUUUAUACUCCAGUUUACACAACUUGUGAGUACUUGACACCACAUGGUCAUCCUUUACCAUUCAAGUCACCUCUUAUGAUGAGAAGUGCGAUUCAGCUUAUUGCUUCUACCUGGCCAUACUGGAACAGGACACAAGGCGUGGAUCACUUCUUUAUUGUACCACAUGAUUUUGGUGCAUGUUUUCACUUUCAAGAAGAGAAAGCUAUUGAAAGAGGAAUUCUUCCGUUGCUGCAGCAUGCUACCUUGGUUCAAACAUUCGGGCAACGAAAUCAUGUUUGUUUGAAAAAUGGCUCAAUAACUAUUCCUCCAUAUGCUCCUCCACAGAAAAUUCAAUCCCACUUGAUCCCUCCUGAUACACCAAGAUCCGUCUUUGUUUAUUUCCGAGGCUUGUUUUAUGACGAUAGAAAUGAUCCUGAAGGCGGGUACUAUGCAAGAGGUUCUCGAGCAGCAGUUUGGGAGAACUUUAAGAACAAUCCUCUCUUUGAUAUUUCUACAGAUCAUCCAACUACAUACUACGAAGAUAUGCAACGAGCUAUCUUCUGCUUGUGCCCUCUCGGAUGGGCUCCGUGGAGUCCAAGAUUGGUUGAAGCAGUUAUAUUCGGAUGCAUACCCAUUAUAAUAGCAGAUGACAUUGUGUUACCAUUUGCUGAUGCAAUUCCAUGGGAAGAUAUCGGAUUGUUUGUAGCAGAGAAGGAUGUUCCAUAUUUGGAUAACAUUCUCACUUCUAUUCAACCACAAGAAAUAUUGAGGAAGCAGAGAUUGCUUGCCAAUCCUGCAAUGAAGAAGGCAAUGUUAUUUCUACAACCUGCUCAACCAGGUGAUGCUUUCCACCAAAUCUUGAAUGGACUCGCUCGUAAAUUACCUCAUCACAAGAACAUAUAUGGCGACAACAUCUUAUUAAACUGGACUGCUGGUCCAGUUGGUGAUCUAAAACCUUGGUAGGAUCGAACUACAUCGGAAUAGGUGUUGCAUUCAUUGUUUAGUCUCAACCUCCAACUUUUCUUCUUGAUGAAUUUCAUCACAAGAGCAGAUUUUAAUUAUAGGGCUUCUACUAGUUAUACAUAGAGACCUUUCUAUUGGAAAAGUAGUGUUGUUGGGAUUCUCUUCUCGAAUCAAGAGUCGAGAAAAACUGGUAAAGAACGACGAACAAGAGAUUUGAUGAUUUUUUUUUAUUUAGAUAAAUUUUCUAGUCUCAUCAGUAUUAUGGUCUAUGCCCUGCCUUAGUUUGUUUAACUAAUUUUAUCUAUUACUGUCUUACUCGUGUGUUCUGA